UUGAAUUCUCGCCGCUUAGCGCGUGAGUUAUUAUUAAAACCACCACGUGAAAACAGCAGCAAUGAAAAUGGAAAUGUUGUUGCAGUCAUGAAGACUGCGAGAGAGAUCGAACGAAGAAUCCUCCAGCACCUCCAUGGGCACCGCAGUCGGAUCCAUCUUACCCAAAUUCACGCUCAUUUCCUCCGCCACCACCUCCAUCAAUCCAACCUCAUCCUCUCUCACUUCGUCUCCGUUUGCGCCUCACUCCGCCAGAUGGACUACGCCCAUCUCCUCUUUCUCCAAACCCAACACCCCAACAUCCUCCUCUUCAAUUCAAUCAUCAAAGCCUACUCUUUGUCACCCCCUUCCCAUAACUCACUUCACUUGUUUUCUCACAUGAAGAAACGUCGAAUCUGGCCUGAUCAAUUCACUUUUGCUCCUCUACUCAAGUCUUGUUCCAAUCUUUGCGAUCUUAACUUCGGGAAAACGGUGCAAGCUCAAGUCCUUUCACUUGGGUUUCACUGCUUUCGUGCUGUUAGGAUUGGAUUAGUUGAAUUGUAUGUUAAUUGCGGGAAAUUAGAUGAUGCUAACAAGGUGUUCGACGAAAUGCGUGAGAGAGAUGUUAUUGUCUGGAAUUUAAUGAUUAGUGGGUAUUGUAAAAAUGGAAAUGUGGACAUGGGUUAUAACCUCUUUAAGGAGAUGGGAGAGAGGAGUAUAGUUUCGUGGAAUACGAUGUUGUCUUGCUUGUCCAAAAGUGGGCGAGAGGGUGAAGCUUUGAAAGUUUUUCAUGAGAUGUGUCAUAGCGGUUUUGAGCCUGAUGAGGCGACAGUGGUGACUAUGCUUCCGGUUUGUGCUCGUUUGGGGGAAGAUGACGUCGGCCAAUGGAUCCAUUCUUAUGCCAAAUCAGGUAAACUUUAUGAAAAACAUGUUUCUGUAGGAAACUCACUUGUCGAUUUCUACUGCAAACGUGGGCUUCUGGAUGCUGCUUUCACAGUUUUCAACGAUAUGCCCUUGAGAAAUGUAGUUUCUUGGAAUGCCAUGAUUUCCGGUUUGGCUUUCAAUGGCAGAGUCGAAGAGGGUUUAGCUUUGUUUGAUGAGAUGAUCAAGAAGGGAUUGACUCCAAACGAGUCCACUUUUGUCGGUGUCUUAACAUGCUGUGUACAUUCAGGGUUGAUUCAAAGAGGCAAGGACCUGUUUUCGUCAAUGGUAUCGAACCAUCAAAUCAAGCCAAAGCUCGAGCAUUAUGGGUGCAUGGUUGAUCUUCUUGGGCGCGGGGGGUCGAUGAAAGAGGCUUAUGAGUUAAUUUUAUCAAUGCCCAUGAAGCCAAAUGCUGCGCUAUGGGGUGCAUUACUAAGUUCGUGUCAUAAUCAUGGUGAUAUGGAGGUCGCAGAAGUAGCAGUUAAAGAGCUUAUGAUUCUGGAACCUAGGAAUUCUGGUCAUUAUGUGUUGUUAUCAAAUAUAUAUGCAGAAAAGGGGAAAUGGGAUGAAGUUGAAAAGAUUAGAUUGUUGAUGAUGAAAAGGAACAUUAACAAGUCAGCAGGGCAGAGCAUUAUUAGGUGACUGUCUUAAAAGCAAUGUACUUGUUAUAGGAAAAUUCCAAGUAUCCUUGGAUCCUUUUUUAUACAACUCUAUGAAAAAUGCAUUAUUUUUUUUUUUACAAUUUGUGACUCUCCAUGUUGGAUUAUGAUCCAUGCUAGUUGUGAGUGUUGGUUCUCGGCUUGAAUCGAUAUUGUUGAUCAGUUACUAACUAAUGUCUUGGAUGUUUUGGUUGU